AGGGAGCGGACGGACGGUGCGGGUCAGCCGUCACGUGCAGUACGAGGGUGCGUGUGCCGUUGAUGCUGGAGGAGGAGACGACCAAGACGCCGACGGAGGAGGCUGCUGCUGCGGCCGCGCUGUUGUUGUCGUCGCUGCCCGCGGCUCAGCCCGCAGCGCCUGCCGGGGAGGCCUUGGAGUGGCUCAAGCGGGGGACGGCCGCAGCAUGAGCGACAACGAUGACAUCGAGGUGGAGAGCGACGCCGAUAAACGUGCUCACCACAAUGCACUGGAGCGCAAGCGCAGGGACCACAUCAAGGACAGCUUCCACAGCCUGCGGGAUUCUGUGCCAUCACUUCAGGGAGAGAAGGCAUCCCGGGCCCAAAUCCUAGAUAAAGCCACAGAGUACAUCCAGUACAUGCGCCGAAAAAACCACACACACCAGCAGGACAUUGAUGACCUAAAGCGUCAGAACGCCCUAUUGGAGCAGCAAGUUCGUGCACUGGAAAAGGCAAGAUCGAGUGCUCAACUGCAGGCCAACUAUUCCUCUUCCGACAACAGCCUGUACACCAAUCCUAAGGGCAGCACCAUCUCCGCCUUUGAUGGUGGCUCUGACUCCAGUUCAGAAUCCGAGCUGGAAGAACCUCAGAGCCGGAAGAAGCUUCGCAUGGAGGCCAGCUAGAAGAGGUCUCUGUUCCUGCUGCCAUUAGACACUUGCUGGCUGCUUAAGGACUUUCCUUUCCUUCUUUAGUAGAGGCUCUUGGACUGCAGCUUCCCCAGUUUCUUGUCCCUUACUGAUCCACUUUUGAGUUAAUCCAGACCUCUGGCUUGGCAGCUUAUCCUCUGGAAGACACCAGCUAUGGCUUGGAGCAGGAUGUGGCCUGUCUUGUUCUGCCCUGUGGCUGCAAGUUUCUAGUGCCAGGAAUGCUCAGGCUAUCUGAUGAACUGAUGAUAAUCUGUGAUUGCCUGGGCUGCGUGAGGACAAUACCUGCUCCAUUUGUCCACUUGAGCUACACCACUCUCUAUUGCAUUGCUCAGAAUAUUUCUGUUUAUGUCAACAAGGCCAAAUGUCCCCCUGAAGAGUCUCAAGGGAGUGGGGAGUAGAAGUUGUGCGCAGAAGCGUUUGUGUACAUUCUUUCCUAAAAUGAUGGUGCAGAAUGUGGGGAGAUGGGUUUUCUUUUGUGUUUUGGCAGAUGAUGAAUUGGUAUUUAUUUCCUUUUUUGGAAGCUCGUUCCGGUCAGGUUCUUCCUCCUGCUGUGGACAUUGGUGACAUGAAGCUACAGAUUCGUACCAUGAACUCCCUUAUCAGUUUCUCAGAAAUAGAGCCAGCUUUUAAAAUGUAAAUACACCAUAAGCUUUGUUACCUGGUACUAAUAACUGCAUCAAAGCGUGGACCUCUUGCCCCAUGGCAAAUGGGCCAGUUACCCAUGUGAGUUAAAAGGGCACAGGCUGCGAGUGAGCAAAGGCCUUGGUGUGUGUGUGUGUGCGUGCAUGUGUGUGCGCGUCCUUAUAUUUUUGUCUUCUUCCCACUCUCGUUUGUGAUGUUUUCUGAAUUUAGUGUAUACAAGUGUAGCUUGGUCUCUGUCCAGGUGUGAGUCUAUUCCAUGGAACUGAAGUAUGUUGUACAUACUGCCCAAGAAUUGUCUUGCAAGUUAAGGCUUCCCUUACUAUAAGACUAUAAAUAAAAAUAUUUUAUCCUUGUAA